AUGAAAGAAUGAGUAAGAAGCAUUGGAAUUGAAGUCGAAUCAGCUUUAACUUUUUAAAGAAUCGAAACUGUAAUAGUUAAAACAUUAGUCUGUUUCGAAAUUUUUCGAAAACUUGAAUUAAUUACUUUAGAAGUUUGGUUCACUUAGACUAUUGAGGUGUGACUUUAGAGGUGUGCUUUACUUUACAGUGUUAAUGGGUCUGAAAGAUCCACUUUUCUUAUCGGUUUAAAAAUUUGAUUGUAUUUCGUUCUCAAUGCUGAACUGUUUACAGCACACCACUCUUUUAGAAUCUAUUCCUAUAGAAUUCUAAUUUCAUGUCUAGAUUCUAGAAUGCUUUUAUAAACAUUAGAAGUAACGAUCUUUAGCUAAGUAAUUAGAAAUAUACUCUUCUGUGUAAAAAUGUAUUCUUCUUUCAAGUCUUAAAAAUUUCAAAUUUAUCAGGAUCUGAAUCGCCCGUAUUUACUGAUAGUAUAACAAAAAGAUGGAUCCUUCAUAACUAUUUUCUUGUUAUAUAACAGUCAUAUUUUAUCAAUUCAAAGAGGAUGCUUUCCCAAUUCUAGACCCACAUUCUAUCAACAUGAACUAUCCUGGAUAAAGAGGAAAUAUUUUUCUAUGGUUGACAUUGAUCUCAUCGUUAAAGACUGGAAAACCAGUUAUUUGAAAUGCAACAAAAUACAAAUCCGUCGCCAAUGAAAACCAGCGUGCGCUAGAGCUACAUGUAAACAAAGAAUAGAAACAGCGUUGCUGGGGCGAAUUUGAAUGCCGAUCGACUUGGAACAACGAGUGUCCGGCGAUUUGCUGAUUCCGGAAGAGACGGGGAAACAUGACCAUUCUGUUAUGUGAUGAAUCAAAUAGACGAUGAAAGACUUCUCCGAUGCAUCCACUUCGUGAGUGACCAUCUUUCAAAUAUGUCUGAUCUGACGAACCGCGCAGCCAUCUUUUCCUUCAUUACUGUCAACGAUGAGGAAUCACUUCCAUGCAAUACUCAGAAGUACUUGCUGGCCAAAAGUUUCCAAAGUAACAAAUUUUUCGAGCAUGGGGAACUUCUGGACACUUUAGAAAAAAGAGCUUUAUAUCCCAUGAUUCAUUGCUUUAGUAAACCUCUCAGUGAAGUGAACAACCUUAUUUUGCUGAAAGCGAAUGGUUUAGGAGAGGAAUUCACUUUGAAACAAGGUAUCUACGUAGAAAGCAAGAGUCAUCAUACUCCAAGGCCAAUUAAAGAUCCUGCUUUUAAAGACGAUACAGCCUAUAUUUUUAUGGGAUUUAAAAGCGUUGAUCUUACUUAUAAUGAAAACUUGGAAAAAUCCUGGAAAGAUUGGACUGGUGCACGCUUAGUAAACAGCUGCUUACGAAACGAAUUUUACAUCAGUCGCUAUUCUUUUUUCCACAGAAUACAGCCUCCAGAUCCAGAACUCUUCAUGUAUAUAUUGAUGAUCGAAUGCCAUAAUGUUAAUAAUUCAAAUGCAACAUAUUUGUUGGACUUUGUUCAAAAACUCAGAGUUGAAAGAGUUUUUGGAUAUUUAACAGUCUACAGAAGAGAAGCUUUAGCUUCCACUUCUGCCAUUAUAAAAGGAAUAUUGUCUGAACAAGAUGAAUAUGGUGGAAAAGUUGACAUAUGACAGAUUAUGGAGAUUCUAGCCACAAAAAGAAGAGAAACAGCAAUUAUGGCCAAGACUUACGGAUCUCAGUCUCCUAGUUUUUACUUUAACUCUAUAUUGCACAAACGGAAUAGUUGACACAUUCCAAAAUUUGACAGUACAGUGAAUUGGACAAAAUUUAUUAACUAAAGCACGAGACAUGCCUUUUUUCUUUCCGAUCAAAUAUUUCUUUCUUUUCAUUUGUCACUUCUCAUUUCAUUCAACGACAAAAGUCAUUUGUGUACAAACAUUAUACUUCAGAAUAACACAGCAAAAUCUUCAACGUUUUAAAGUUGUUGCGCCACUAACCAGUGUAGUAAUAAUACUUCAUUUUUUUAAAAACAGUUAUUGUCAGUGGUAAACAAUUAUCAAAGAUUGAUUUAAUCAUCUAGUAGAUUUAGCUACUAAGAAAAAAAAAAAAAAUAUUUCUGACGAUACAGUUAUCUUUGUGUAUUUUGAUCAACAAAAAAUUAUGCCUAAAAUUUGCUCCAGAAUGUCAUUAGAAGUAACACAUAAUAUUCUGCUGGGUUCUUUGCACUUCAAUAAUAAUGUGUUUUGAAUGCAUAAUUAUUCCUUUUAUUACUUUGAAAAUAUCGAUAAUAGUUACCAUGGAGGAAAAUUAAUAACCGAAUAACAAUAUUAAACUAUAAUAUAUAACGUCAUUGAUAAUACUUUGUUGAAUAACAAUCCAGAUAAUAAAUUUACUUAUAACGAAAUAUAGAAUUUAAUUUGUGGUCAGGAAUUUUCAGAAUUCCAUAAGGGUUGUGACGUCUCAUAUAGUAUCUCACGGUAUCUUGGGCUUUAUUCACCACUUAUAAUGAAUUAGUAUAAUCAAUGCAACCAUAGAUAGUUUCUCCGACCCACUUGAUUGUACACGGAAAAAUUUGAAUGACCAGAUGCUGUGGGAAUUAAGGUUGGAUCUUAAGGACCAUCAUCGGCCAGGGUACAACUCCUCCCGUAGUAGGAAUAAUCAAUGGUAAGAUGCAUAUAAUCGAUUCUUUCUCACUGGCGUAACUAGAAUAACGCAGGUAGGGCAUGCAGUUUGAAUAUUGUUAUCAAAAGGCGCAAAAUUGUAGAAUUAAAAUUGCUUACAUUUAAAAGAAAUUUUUUUUCUCUUCAGAUUUAUCAAAAUUAAAAUUAUUUCAAUCAAAUGAAGGAAAACAUACAGAGUACCGUCCUUUUUACAAUCUAGACACCAAAUUAAAUUAGAUUUCUCAAACUAACUAUCAAAUAGAGAUUUUUAACUGAGAUCUGGUGACUUAAAACCCAUUUCUGAAAAGAAAGUCUUUUUUAUAAAUGGUAGAGGUAUACUUGAUCGAUUGUAUGAUUUUUACGUGCUAGCACAUACAAAUACAUAUCAGUAUUAAAUUAUGAAUGAAUGGUCUUUUUAAAGCCAAUCGUAUACCGAUAACAGCAAUUUUAAGAAGAGGUUGCAAUAUUUUAAACGUCAUCUAUAAUCGUGAGAUAUGGCGAAUUUGACAUGGCUUUUUUUAUUAGAAUUUGGAUCGAUUUGAAUAAUUUUCACAUCGUGUUUUAUUACGGAUAAAUUGGUGUUAAAGGAAUUGAGAUAAAAAAAUGAAGAAAAUCACGAAGAAAUUGUAUUUUUUCUUUCGAAUUUUAUAUCGAAACAUUUUUUUUUUUUUUUUCAAAAAUUUGGAUAGCUGGUAUUUGAACUAUCAGUUCGUCUCUUCAUUGAAAUUUAACAACUUUCACUAAUCGGAAGAUACUAGCUUUCAUCAGUUUUUGGAAUAUUUUCUUUUUAACAUAUUUUUUUAAUACUAUGAGUCCGCAUACAAAAGUGUUUGGUAUUUUAUUAAGAAAAGUCAUUUAUUAAGCUUACAGAACAGCUGUGAAGUUAGAGAUAACUAAAGUUAGAGAUAGUUACUAAAAGAACAGUUGAUACUGAUAACAAUGAUCAAUAAGAGAAGCCCUGAGUAUGAAUGUUAUCCUUUCAUGAGAUGAGGGGGGAGGGUAACUAUAACUUUAUGCAACAUUGCCAAUAAUUUCAAUACUUUCAUUAUGUUUAAUAUCAAAAUUUAGUUAAAAUGCCAAAUCAUUUUCUUGUACUCAACAGCUAAUAUUCAAAUUCUCAAUAACAUUCAUGUCCACAUAAGCAAAUCUGUUUUUAGACCCACUUGCUAAAUAAUAAUGUCAACAGUUACAAAGUUUUAGUAAAUCUACAGUCAUCACUCCUUAAUCCUUCUUAUCGAUGAGUUACUUAUGGUUGAUUGGACAUUAAUGACCAGUAAGCAAAUGAGCCUGUACAUAAGAGUCCUAACACCACCUGAACAUCCUAAGGUUUGUUUUUAGAAGUAGGAAAAUGAUACAUUUAUUGAUGUCUCAAGGUUUCUCAUAGUAUGCCUGGAGAUUAAAUGCCGCAGCCUUUAUAUUUAUACAAAUUGGGCAUUCGCUUCUUCUGAACUUCAUGACAAAUUAGAAUUAUGUAUUAUUUUCAAAGAAUGUGAAACGAAAUUGAAGUUACUUUGGUAAAGUGCAUGGAAAGUCAAUUAUAAGAAAUUAAUAUUUUGAGUUCUGUGGAUAUAAGAGCAAUGUAUGUAAUUUUAACAUUUAUUGUGUGCAUUUUAUCUUCAGUUGUUUAAGU